UUUCCUUUUGUUUUGUCUAUCUAUCCUCCCUUUCACAACAUUGAUUUUGUUUGAUGAUUGUUGAGUUUUGAAAGAAGAGCAAUGAGCAAUUAUGCAGGCGGACUCGGCAAGCCUGGUUCAGGUAAAAGGAGAAUAAAGGAUCUGUUAAAUCAACCUGAUAACCGAGUCUGUGCUGAUUGUGGCGCUUCUGAUCCUAAAUGGGCAUCAGCAAAUAUCGGAGUAUUCAUUUGCUUAAAAUGUUGUGGUGUGCACAGAAGCCUCGGCACUCAUAUCUCAAAGGUUUUGUCUGUGACACUUGAUGAAUGGUCAGAUGAGGAAGUUGAUUCCAUGAUUGAAAUUGGAGGAAAUGCGUCUGCUAAUUCAAUUUACGAAGCUUUUGUACCUGACACAUGCUCUAAGCCUGGACCUGAUGUUAGUCAUGACCAGCGUAUGAGAUUCAUUAGGGCAAAAUAUGAACUUCAAGAGUUUCUGAAGCCAAGCUUGCGGAUUAAAUCGGGGAAAUGCUCAACAAAGAGUUCACCGUUUCUUACAUCAAGUCUUUCUAGAAAGAUUAUGGAUAGUUUUCGCACAAAUUCAUCGUCACAGAAGAUGUUUCAGGAAGGAAUGGUAGAGUUUAUUGGAUUGUUGAAGGUGACUAUUAAGAAAGGUACUAACUUAGCAAUCAGAGACUUGAUGUCAAGUGAUCCAUACGUUGUGUUGAAUCUAGGGAAGCAAAAACUUCAGACAACUGUUGUAAAUAGUAAUUUGAACCCGGUAUGGAAUCAAGAACUCAUGCUGUCUGUUCCGGAAAGUUAUGGUCCAGUGAAAUUGCAAGUGUAUGAUUAUGAUACAUUUUCUGCUGAUGACAUAAUGGGAGAAGCUGAUAUUGAUAUCCAACCUUUGAUAACAUCUGCAAUGGCUUUUGGGGAUCCUGAAAUGUUUGGGAAUAUGCAGAUUGGGAAGUGGCUAAAAUCAAAUGAUAACCCACUAAUAGAUGACAGUAUCAUUAACAUUGUUGAUGGGAAAGUGAAACAGGAGGUCCAGAUCAAGCUUCAGAAUGUAGAGUGUGGAGAAUUAGAGCUAGAAAUGGAAUGGCUGCCACUUGAACAAUAAUUGUCAAAUAGGUCUCAUAACAUUCUAUAUUGCAUUGAUUCAUUUUUUUUUUUUUUUUGUUUUAUUGUCACUCCAUUCGUUGGAAGUUUUCUCAACUCUUUUUUGGCGUAUUUGUAACUCAUUUCAGAGGAACAUGUAUUUUGAAGUUUGUAUAACCCAAUGGAUUAUGAUAAUGUUUAUGAUUGAUGGAAAAAUAACUUUUAUUUAUGCACACCUUUACUUGUUUCGUAGCAUUGUCAGAAUAAACACUUUGGAAGGAAGAGACUUCAUCUUCCUUAGAUAGACUCUGCAAUUUCCUUUCCCCUCGACAUCUAAUGUAUUGUCCCCUAUUUUUGCUGAGACGGUCUCUUAAUUUGCCUUACCUACCCCAUCAAACACUUUGGAUUUUUUACAAGUAUUGCAGCUACGGGCAGAGAAUGCGACCGAAUCCAUGUUUCAGGCUUAUCAAACAAGAAUAAAGAGCUAAGGAUAUAUUCCAAAAGAGAAGAAGUUCGAAUUAUCAUUAGAAUGGAACGGAAACACGAUUGAUCAAUUAUUUAACUGGAGCUUUACAAAGCCCCAAAAGACAAAGUACUUAGUUUU